UCUUCAUGAUAUUCAAACGCGUAUUUUCAGGUUCCCUUUUGUCCAGUCCUUUCCCUUUCUUCCAUCUCCCUCCGAUCAGAUCCUCCUCAGCAUCACCUUCCAAUUCACCCAGCUAGGGUUUCAAAAUCGACCCCAAUUUCCCUCUUUUCCCCAAACCCAUCGAAACACGAUCAUCGUGUUGCUAAUCUAGGGUUUCCCCUUAAUCUUCGAACUUCGAUUGAUUCCCUGUAUAUGCAAUUCGGAAGAAGAAGAUGUAUAGCAAUUUCAAGGAGCAAGCAAUAGAGUACGUGAAGCAAGCGGUGCAGGAAGACAAUGCUGGAAACUACGCCAAAGCCUUCCCUCUCUACAUGAACGCUUUGGAGUAUUUCAAGACCCAUCUCAAGUACGAGAAGAAUCCUAAGAUCAAGGAAGCGAUUACGCAGAAAUUCACCGAGUAUUUGCGCCGCGCGGAGGAGAUCAGGGCUGUUCUAGAUGACGGAGGACCCGGCCCGGCUUCUAAUGGGGACGCUGCUGUGGCCACGCGGCCGAAGACGAAGCCGAAGGAUGGGGAAGGUGGAGAUGGGGAGGAUCCCGAGCAGGCGAAGCUCCGGGCCGGGUUGAACUCGGCGAUUAUAAGGGAGAAGCCGAAUGUGAAGUGGAAUGAUGUUGCUGGGUUGGAGAGUGCGAAGCAGGCGUUGCAGGAGGCUGUGAUCUUGCCUGUGAAGUUCCCUCAGUUUUUCACAGGUAAGCGAAGACCCUGGAGAGCAUUUUUAUUGUAUGGACCACCUGGAACAGGAAAAUCAUAUUUAGCCAAGGCAGUUGCAACAGAAGCUGACUCCACAUUUUUCAGUAUUUCUUCAUCAGACCUUGUUUCAAAGUGGAUGGGUGAGAGUGAAAAGCUGGUGUCAAACCUUUUCCAAAUGGCUCGAGAAAAUGCCCCUUCUAUCAUAUUUGUUGAUGAAAUAGAUUCCCUAUGUGGUCAGCGCGGAGAAGGCAAUGAGAGUGAAGCUUCAAGACGGAUUAAAACAGAACUUCUGGUGCAGAUGCAGGGUGUAGGAAACAAUGAUCAGAAAGUUCUUGUUCUUGCAGCAACAAACACACCCUAUGCUCUAGACCAGGCAAUAAGGCGUCGUUUUGAUAAGCGUAUAUAUAUUCCUCUACCAGAUUUGAAGGCCCGCCAACACAUGUUCAAGGUACAUCUCGGAGAUACCCCCCAUAACUUGAAUGAAAGUGAUUUUGAAUACUUGGCCAGCAGAACAGAGGGGUUUUCUGGUUCAGAUAUCUCUGUUUGUGUGAAGGAUGUUUUAUUUGAACCUGUCCGCAAAACCCAAGAUGCUAUGUUCUUCUUUAAGAAUCCUGAGGGUAUGUGGAUCCCAUGUGGACCAAAGCAACAGGGUGCAGUGCAAAUCACAAUGCAGGAUCUUGCUGCAAAAGGCCUUGCUUCUCAGAUCCUUCCACCCCCUAUAACGAGAACAGAUUUUGAAAAGGUACUGGCUAGACAAAGACCUACAGUAAGCAAAAAAGACCUUGAGGUUCAUGAGAGAUUCACUAAGGAGUUUGGAGAAGAAGGUUAACGACGAUGGAAUCACAUUGGCGUUAUAUUUUAUAGUUUGUAACUUAUUUAGCUGUUGGAUAGAGUGAAAUACAUCUUUUCCAUUUUGUUUUGGGGAUGUCAAGUUCCCUUGUGUAACGGAGUUGGAUUUAUAAAUGUGUAUACACUUUUUUCCUGAAAAUGUGGAUGCUCAUUUUGUUUCUCCUAAAUUGUGUAUAGCGGAAUUUGAAAUGAUUAGAAACAUAAAAAAUAACUUGUGUAA